AUGGCUCUCCACAAAGCAUCUCGGACCUCUGUUAAAAAAUUAAUAAAGAAAAUUGAGCAUCUCUAUGAAGUUAUUGCGAGGAAAGAAUUAUUCUAAGCUGCAAUGAUUCAUGAACUCCGAUAACCAUUAAAUUCAGUCAUUGGAGGAGUCGAACUUCUAAGUAAUAGCAAAUGCUUAUCAAUAGAUGAUAAGAAGAAUGUACAGAUAGCCUAGUAUUCGGCUAAUAUUUUAAUGAAUCUUAUUGGUAACAUUCUAGAUAUAGCUAAGUUUGAAGCAAAUAAAGUAGAACUUGAUCUUCAAUACACACUCAUCAAGUAAACAUUCAAGUCAAUCAUAGAACUUGUGGAAUUUAAAUCCAAUGAGAAAAAACUUUAGCUUUAGUAUUAUUUUGCUCCCGAAGUCCCAGACUACGUGUAUUUAGAUAACCCAAGAUUCACUCAAAUAAUACUGAACUUAAUUUCAAAUGCUGUUAAAUUCACUUAAAAGGGCUUCGUGAGAGUGAUAGUUAAUUUCAUACCAGAGCUAAACAAUGAGGAUUAAAACAAUAAGAACUUAGUAAAGAGAAACUCUGCUCCGGAAAAUUUCCAUGAGUUUAAAAACGAGUUACUCAAUAUCACAUCUCAUGAAAGUGAAAAUAGCUCAGAUUUGAAGUAUUUAUCAGGAGCAUAAAAUAAAAAGUUUUCUAUUAAGAGAUCUUUAAUGCAAAUACCUAAUCAGUAUUUUUAGGAUUUUUAAUCUAGUAAUGAAAGAUCUAAUAGUCUAAAUUUUAUCUCUAGUCAGAGAUAGAGAGAAUAGCAAUUGUCGAAUGAAAAGUAACUUCUAGAUUCUUUUGAUCAAAACCAAUUAGGAAGAGGAAUAAAUAAUGAAGAAGAAUAAAGAAUUAUUAGAUCAGUGCAGCAAAAUAUGUAAAGAUCUUAAUCAAAUUCAAAGCACAUGCUGUAAAAGAGUUAAUCAAAUCACUAAGCUAUGAGGAACUGCAGAUGCACUGACAUUAAUGGAGAUCCAGAUGGCUAUGACCUCUGCCAUGCUUAAUUUGAAACUUUCAACAGAGCAAAAAGUUAAAAUUUAUUUUCAAGACGAGGGGAGAGUCUCUUGAAAUAAAUUACUCUUGGAUUAUAGAAAGGAGGUUAGGAAAAUAGGAUUUAACUUGACAAUUCAGUUACACCUUAAAUAGACAAUGCAAAUGAAAUUGAUAGAGAAAGACUACUACCUUCACAACAAAAUGAUAUAUUAGCUAGGUAAAACACAAACGAAUAAUUUUUGGAUGAUGAUAUUGAUGAGAAUGUUGAUAUUAGAUGCUGUGGACUUGAAGCUUGGGGAAGUAAUAACCCAGUGUCUUUCUUUAGAUACCAUAAAGCUCCGCCCUUAAGAAAUAUAUUGAUAUAAAACAUCUAAUUGUCAAAUCAAUAAACACCCUCAAGUUCCUUGAAUCCUAAUAGAUAGCGAAUAGUUGAUGAAAACUUCGAAGAAAUUAAAUAAAUUCCUCUUGAUUAGAAUGAUAGAGAAAAUGAAUUUAGAAUAAAUUUAGAGUAUGAAAUUGAAGCCAAUUGUAAUUUUAGAUUGGCCAAUAGGUCUAGAGAUUUGGCUUAAAAUAAAAGGUAAACUAGUAGUAUUAUGAGAAUAGAGUAAAAUAAUGAUGAAAUAAUCAAGCAACAUGUAUCACCUUCAAACUAAUAAGAUACCAUCAAAAUUUUAAAUAACAACAUAAAUAGUCAAUAGUAAGUUUAGGGAGGAUAGUAAUAGAAUAACUUUAUUAAUUAAAACUAGGAAAGAGAACGAGAAGAAGAAAUAAAGAUAUAAGAGGAAUUUACUCUAAGCGGGAAAAUAGCAAAUAUGAAAUAAGCAAAUACUAAUAGAGCAAGACCUCAUUCAGAUAUAAAUAUUGAGAGAUAACCCAAUAGAGAUAUUCGAUCAUAAGUUUAAAAUAAAAGUGAUAACUUUCACCAGAUUAAAAUUCAGUCUGAUCCGUUUAAUCUUUGCCCAGAUAUAGUCAACAAUUAAUCAUCAUAAACUAUGAGAAGAGUGCCUAGUGACGCUCCAUCGAUUAUAAGUGACCCAAAAAUAAUCAGUAAAUCGAUUAAGUACGGCUAUUUAUAAAUAACUAUUUAAGAUACAGGUAUUGGUAUUGACGAUGAUGAACAGAAGAAGCUAUUUAAUCCGUUUUAGUAGGCAAAUAACAGCAUUCGCAAAAAAUUCGGAGGGACAGGUCUUGGACUGUGGAUUACCAAGAAAUUAUUAAAUUUUAUGAGGGGCAAGAUAAAUCUGAAGAGCAUUCCAGGUGUGGGAACUACUUUCUAAAUUUGUAUUCCAGUUCAGGGUGUAAGCUACGAUCAUAACAUCGAAUUAAGUCCUGUCAACAACAAUCAAACUUAGCUGGAGACUAAUCUUCUUAAGAUAAGUGCUUUGAUUCUGAUUCAAGAUGAAUUUAACAAGGAAAUCUUAAGGAAAUUUCUGUUUAAAUUGCAAUGCCCUCAUAUAUUUUCCUCUGACUAUGAUGAAUUCAUUAGAAAACUCUAAUAUGUUCAAAAAUUUAAUGUCUGUAUUGUUGACGCUGACCAAUUUUAUCUUACUUAGCUAGAGACAAUAAAGCAAAUCAAGCAAUGCAAAAAAGAAAUAGAAUUUAGGACUUAAAAAACUCUAACUAUGCUAGUACUUACUAAUCUAGACAUUAAUUAAAGACAAAGAAAUAAAUUCUUAUAAGAUAGAGUAAUUAUCAUGAAGAAGCCAGUCAAGUAGAACACCUUAAAAAAUAUCUUAUAAGAGAUUUAAAAUCGUGAAAGAUCACUUUUGCCUCACUUGAUAAUGAAAUAGCAAAAUAAAGUUAAAGAUAUGAGGCUGAGACACAGAAAAAAUACGGAAUAUAUGUCACAAAAGAAAUUUGACAGUUUAAAGGCACGUGAUCUCUUAACUCCUGAAUUCUUAUUCAGAGAGAAGCACAAUUCAUAAGUGCUAGAGUAGGUUAGCAAUAAAAAUUUUUUAGAUAGAGAAAUCAGUAUAUGUACUCCGAAUUUCAAUAAAAAAGCAGGAGGCACUAGAUAUAUAGAAUCAGGUGGACAUGAUUCCGGUUUACUGAUGAUUGAGAGUAGAGAAUUCAGAUCACACUUCAUUCCAGAAAAUUCAGAUGCAAAUUUAGGCAAUUCUUAAUCAAUGACACCUGGAAAAUUUACAGAUGGGGAAACUACAUUUUAAAACAAUCAUAAUGAAAGCUUGAAGAAUAAUGAAGGGAUGAACUACCUAAAGCCUCUUGCUUAUUAGUUCAGAUAGCAAAACUAAUUCUUAUUCAAAACUAUUAAAGAAGAGAGUAGUUCACAGGGAUACAUUAAAAAUGAUACUUUUAAUUAGCGAACCAUUAUAAUUGCUGAUGAUGGCGAUACAAACAGGAUCAUAUUUUCGUAAAUAUUAAAUCAUAUACCCCUAGUUUCAGAAAAUAACAUUACGAUUAUCACUGUUGAGAAUGGAUAAGAGGCUCUUGAUAGAUAUAAAAUUUAAUCAUCAUCUAUACAGUUGAUUCUUAUGGAUUUACAUAUGCCUGUAAUGGAAGGUGUAGAAUCAGCCUCGCUGAUAAGAGAAUUUGAAAAUUAAAAUAAUAUAGAGCCAAGAGUGUAUAUUCUAGGAGUUACAGGAGAAAAUAUAGAUAUGAAAUUCAAGAGAAACUACUCGUAUGAGUAAUGUGGUAUCAAUGAAUUUUUGACUAAGCCACUCCAUAUAUGUUAACUCGAGCCGAUUAUUAACAAAAUAUAUGGAAGCUCUGAUAUUUGA